CAGUCCACUCGCACUCCGAGAAUUUGGCCAUGUCCACUUAUUAAAUUUAAUUUCAAACGACCCAGCUCUCUGUGGUUUUAGAUGAGACCAGAUCUUGUCUCGCGGGGGAUUAGGUAAACUGUGGCUACUUUCCCAAAGAAUGCAACUCGCCAACCUAUUGACGGAAGAAAUACAUCAUAUAAAUAUAUAAUAAACUCUCUGCCGUCGACUCCCGUCUCAGGUCCCCUCCAUCGGCAAGUUCUAAGGGAAAGGAGUCUGAUUUGUUUCUUCCAGGAACUGUAACAAGGUGUUUCGAUAAAAGUGGGUUAGAUUGUUUUAAGGUUGAUAGAUUCCGAUACAGUGAGGAACAGAUUUCUUGUUCCAACAAGAUAAAUAGCAUGUUGAGACAGGUAUCCAGUCGGAACCACAGAGCUAAGGGGUUCAAGGUGAAACAUGUGCUUCAGAUAUCUUUGUUUCUUGUCGUCUCUGUCUGGUUGCUUUACCAAAUUAAGCACUCUUAUGACAGUAAGAAGGCUUAUGAGAAGAGGAUCUCGAAGAAUUUACCCGAGUUCGAUGAGAGCCGGGCCGACAUUUUCAGACUUAGCAGGAAGGACCUUCCUCACAAGGUGGAGACAGAUUCUGUAAGUGAGGGCAGAAUCGAGGAAGAAGAGAAUGAAGAAGUUGGAGAUGCAGAACAAGAAAACAAGAGCAAAGACUCUGAGAAUGAAGGAGGAGGAGGUGCGAAUGAUGGGAUAGAUGAACAAGAUCAAGAGAUAUCGGAUGAGCAAUCUAACAAUGGAGAAGAAGUUGCUGGAGAUAAGAAUGGUCCAGUCGAGGAAUCUGGCUUGUUGGAAGAACAAGGACAUGAAGAGGUAUCUCAUGAGGCUCGAGAAAAAAGUUUCAAAGGCGAUGAUGCAUCCAGUGCUGUAGCUCACGACAGCCAAGUGACAGAACUUGAGGAAAGAUCCCAUGAGGCACAGGAAAUGCAUUUUAAAGGUGAUGAUGCAGCCAGUGCUGUACCUCACGAUGUACAAGUGACAGAACAUGAAGAGGGAUCUCGUGAGGAGAGAGAAAAAAGUUCUAAUGUUGAUGAUGCACCUAGUUUUGUAGAACUUAAUACCCAAGUGACAGAAUCCGAAUCUGAAAAAGAAGGUUCAGGGGGUGUGGCUGAGAAGCAAUUAGAGAGGAAAGAAAUAGAGAAUGCAACUGUGGCCGAUGGAACAACAGAUGGUUCAACGGCUAAUUAUUCCAAGACAAAUGAUUCCAGUGUGAUUCUUGAAAAUAGUGAAACCGCACCAAAUAAUAACCUAACCACAAAUGGAAAUUCUGUUCAGAAAAGAGAUUCAGAAGUUGGAGCUUCUCCUAUACUAGAGGAUGGAUCUUUGUCCAAUUCAACAGCAGGCAACUCUAACAAUCGCAUGAAACGGCAGGCUGAUGGCAGUCAAACUGAACCACACACAAAUUCAACAAAUGUACCAAACAAUGAGAUGGAACUGCAGACGAAUUCAACGACUACAUCAGGCAAUACAAUGGUACCACAUAUGAAUUCAACAACCGUAUCUAAUGACCAAAUAGAAAGUAAGAAUAACAUGACGGUGAUCGAUAUGGUAACUAAUGGUGUACCUUUGCAGAAUGAAUCUGCCACAUUGGAUUCAGUUCAAGAUCAAAAUGCUGCAGUCAAGAUGGUUACUCCUAGUGAAAAUAAGUCCAACUUGGAGAAUACAGUGAGGGAGCAAACUGAGAAUUCCAAUGCAGCAGCUGUAAGACCAGAGGAGUCAGGAGGAAGCUCUACUACAUCUUCGCCCACGGAUGAGAAUGGAGAAAAAAUUGCUGCAGAAGCUGGAAAUUCUUUCCAUAAUUUGGCCAUGGAGGAUAAUGGAGAGGCACACACAGAUCAUCCAACCUUACAGGCUAUCCAGAACAAAGCAAAGAGUGGUGGAGAGGAAGCUACAGAAUGAUAAUCUGUUAGGAAAAGUGGAACCAAUUCCUUACACCAACAUAAGUGGUAGCGCCAAGUAACGGCCGUCUUUUCUCCUUGUUUUGCUUCCACAAAUGAUCAAAGCAAUUGCUUUGCGUUUUACUCGGUGCCCUGAUGAAAAUAUUUUUGGAUAGAUGUAGAAACAACAUCAGGCUUUUAUGCUUACUGAUUUUAUCUUGAGCAUAUCUACAUUUUGAGCAUACCGUUGCUUGCAGAAACCAAACCACCCAUGUAGUUUAUACUGCUUUUUUGCACCAUCACUCACCUCUUAAAACCUGCAGUCUGUAACAUAUCCACGACACUUCGUUCAUGGCUAUGAGUACUUACGAGCUGCU